AUGACAGUGGCAGAUUUUUCUCCAGAUUUGAGUCAAGUACAAGUAAUCACGCCCCUCAGGGAUUUACAGGAUCAUUGGGUGUGGACCUGCAAAUAUCAGUAUCCCCUAGGUCCACUUUCCUCUAAUGACACUGGGUGCUACUCCUGUGGUCUGGGGCAAGGCAUACCAACACCAAUACUGCUGGAUGUGAGAUAUGCUCCAAGGGACGUUUCUGUUAAGGUCAGCCCCAGCCCCGAGGUAGUGAAAGGCAGUCGUCUGACUCUGACCUGCAGCAAUAACGCCAACCCUGCAGCAGAGACCUACACCUGGUUUCAGAGAUCAGGACCGCUACUUUCACUAAGAUUAGGGACGGGGAAAGAACACACCUUCAACGAAAUAGAUUCUGAUGACAGUGGACUGUACUUCUGUAUGGCCCAGAAUGCCCUUGGAUCACAGAACUUUACAGAACUGGAGGUGAAAGUUAAAGAAUCAUCCCAUUUAAUUGUGGUCCUGGCAGCAUUGGGGGCUCUCUUCCUUGUCACAGCAGUGAUUGUGGUGCUCUACAUUUACAUAAAAAGGUGAGUGGUUUGAAAAUGUCUUAUAAAGAACUAAACAUAUAUUAUAGUGCACCG